AUGCCACAGCCGCAAGCGGUGAACGCUGGAUCUCUGUUCACCGAUGGGCCAAACCUCGCUUUGUUUGAUGAUCGCCGCGCCGGAUUUGUUGGAGAUGUCGUCACAAUCAUUCUCGAUGAACAGACCCGUUCGAGUAAAAGUGCGGAAACCUCUAUACGCAAAGAAAGCAGUAAUGAACUUCUCAAUCCAAAAAUAUUUGGCAGCGUGAUCAGAGGAACGGGCGCUGACGAUAUCUUCGGUUCGUUAGAUUCCGAAACAGAGUUCAGUGGUGAAGGGGAGAGCGAUCAAAGCAAUUCUCUGACCGGAACAAUUACCGCCGUGGUGGCAAAACAACUGCCUAAUGGGUUGUUACUGGUGCAGGGUGAGAAGUGGUUUCAGCUCAAUCGCGGGGAAGAAUAUGUUCGUGUGAGUGGUCUUGUUCGUCCGGAAGACAUCAGCGCUGAUAACUCUGUUUCUUCACAACGCCUGGCUGAUGCACGUAUUGCCUACAGCGGCACUGGCGAGAUCGCGCAAUCUAAUCGUGCCGGCUGGCUGACACGAUUCUUUGUUGGCACGGCUACAACCCAGCGCAUUAAAGACCUGGCUGAUGUUUCUGGUGUUCGUGCUAACCAGCUUGUUGGCUAUGGGUUGGUCGUAGGCCUGGAUGGCAGUGGAGAUCAAACCAGUCAGACGCCAUUUACCGUGCAGACAUUUAAGAACAUGUUGCAGCAACUGGGUAUUCAAUUACCUCCGGGUUCGAAUUUUCAAUUAAAGAACGUGGCUGCUGUUGCCGUACAUGCGGAACUAUCGCCUUUUGCAAAACCAGGACAGACCCUUGAUGUCACUGUCUCCUCUGUUGGUAAUGCAAAGAGUUUGCGCGGUGGUACGUUGUUGGUGACGCCGUUAAAAGGCUUGAACAAGACAGUUUACGCGGUGGCUCAAGGCAGUCUCGUUGUUGGCGGCUUUGGUGCCCAGGGUAACGAUGGUUCGUCAGUAACCGUAAACGUACCCAGUGUGGGUCGCAUUCCCGGUGGUGCUCUGAUUGAGCGUCCAGCGCCAGACGGUUUCAGCGGCGCUGAAAAUAUCGUGUUUAAUCUGCAUCGCGCCGAUUUUACAACCGCGCGUAGAGUGGCAGAGAAGAUCAACGAUACUUUCGGGCCCGAAGUUGCACAAACUAUUGAUGCGGCGUCCAUUAAGGUGCGUUCACCCAAGAAUUCCACCCAACGGGUGUCGUUCCUGUCAGUUCUUGAAAACCUGGAAGUAGAGCCGGACGCCACCUCUGCCAAAGUGGUGAUCAAUUCCCGCACCGGAACCAUCGUUAUUGGACAGAAGGUCGUGGUUGCGCCUGCUGCGGUUACCCACGGCUCUCUAAGCGUGACGAUUGCCGAAGAUAAUGAGGUUUAUCAACCCAAUGCCUUUGCCGGUGGUCAAACCGUAGUGGUUCCGGAUUCAGAAGUUGAAAUUGUCGAAGACAAAAACCGGAUGUUCUAUUUCGCACCUGGCGUCAAUCUGCAGGACAUUGUCAGUGCAGUUAACCAGGUAGGUGCUGCGCCAGGUGACCUGAUGGCUAUUCUCGAAGCGUUGCGCCAGGCCAAUCAGGUCUUCGGCAAAGAUAAUUUCAUGAACAGUAACGAGAUGACUGCCCAUCAGGAGAUGCUUGAUCACGAGAUGGCAUCCCACCUGUCGAAGCAGGGUGGUAUUGGGCUCGCCCCCAUUAUUGUUGCGCAACUCAGCGGACAGCCGAUGCCGAUGAACCCCCAGGACAGUACACCUGCAGCACCUGUUACGCCGGUCGCGGCGCAAUCAGAUCAACCUCAAAAAGCCGGUAGAAAAUCGGCUUUUACCACCCCCGAAGAGUUUGUACAGAAACUGAAACCCAUUGUAGAAAGCGUUCUGGCGGGUAGUGGCCUGCCUGUCGACGCCGUGCUUGGUCAGGCCGCUUUGGAGACAGGCUGGGGACGACAGGUCAUUGCAGAUACCAAAGGACAGUUGAGCCACAAUUUAUUUGGUAUUAAGGAUCACACUAAAGGCGAAGACAGCGUUGCAAUCCACAGCAGGGAGUUUGAGCAUGGGCGCUGGGUAAAUAAACAGGACAAUUUUCGAGCGUACCCGGAUUGGGCUGCGAGCGUUAAAGACUAUGUGUCCACAAUUACCCAAUCACCGCGCUAUGCCCACCUGGUAGAGAAGGUAGAGGACGCGAUGGCGUCGGUAAUGGCCUCGUUGUUUGAUAUCGGCAUCAAUGGUCUGCGUGCACAGCAGGCGGCUCUCAAUGUGGUCGGUCAGAACAUUACCAAUGCCUCAACGCCAGGCUAUACCCGGCAGCGUGCUGAUCUUGUCACCCAGAGUGGCAGCCUAUCGGGUCUGAACGCUGGGGCAGGCGCUAGACUUGAUCAGAUUGUUCGAGUCGCAGAUACCUUUGUAGAUCAACAGAUUCGUACUGAUUCAGCGCUGAAAAGUGAAAUGGAAAGCUAUGCGCAAUUUGUGGGGCAACUCGAAACCACCCUAUUUGAUGGCGAUUUUGGCGUUGAUUCGGCCAUACGCGAGUUCUUCGAUGCGGUUCAGGAUUCCGCCAAUGAACCAUCUGAUCUUGCCAUCAGACAGUUUGUUAUCAGCAACGCUGACGCGCUUGCCAGCCGUUUCCAGGGCGUAACUGAUCGAGCCUGGUUGCAGGCCAGAGACGUCAGCGGUUCACUUGAAUCGAAUACCAAUCAGGUCAAUGAGCUAACCCAAUUGAUCGUACAGGUGAACGAUAGAAUAUCGGCACUGCAAAGUGGACCGGCGUCGGGUGGCUCAAACGCACUGUUAGAUCGGCGCGAAAAUCUGCUCAAGGACCUCUCGAAAUUGGUUUCAGUGAGCACGGUCGAGCAAGAUGAUGGGCAGAUAAAUGUUUUCGUUGGCAAAGGCCAGCCGCUGAUCCUUGGAUCUGAAGCUGCUGAAAUGGGCGUGUCCAGCGCUGGGGAAAUCACUUUACGUCCAGUAGGGUCGCAAGUUACCCAGAACGUUACAGCUUCGAUAAACGGUGGAGAAAUUGGCGGCAUCCUGAAGUAUCGAGAGGAAGUGCUGUGGCCGACUCAGAAUGAGCUUGGACGCCUGGCAGCUGCUAUUUCGAGAUCUUUCAACGAUCAGCAUGCCGCAGGUAUAGAUCUGGAUGGUCAGUUUGGUCAGCAGUUCUUUCGCGACGUUAAUGAUCCCGCUCUUGUAUCCCAACGUGUUUCCUAUCUGGGUAAUUCAGGGGCGCUUGGGCCAACUGCAAACCCAGGUCGGAUCAGUGUGUAUAUAGAAGAUCCUUUUGGCAGUGUGGCAUCAGACUACGAAGUUCGCUUUUCAGAAACGAGUGAUGGCGCGUAUACCAUCACCAGGCGCUCUGAUGGCGAAGUUGUGCAGCGGGGUACACCAUUUGUUACCCCUCACAGCGUUGAGUUUGAUGGUCUACGGGUAGAGUUUACAGCCGGAGACUUUCGUCCCGGUGAUGCAAUGCUGUUGCGGCCUUAUGCAGAUUUUGGCAGUCAGCUGGAGGUUGUCUUAGAUGACCCCAAAGCCCUUGCGUUAGGCUCACCGGUACAGUUAGCGGAAGACCCUACAAAUGGCGGGAGCGGGUUUGUCAGUGUUGCAGGUAUCACAGAUCCUGCUCAUCCCAUAUUCUCCAACGACGGCGAGAUGGUCCCGCCGCUGCUCAUUGAUUUUCUGUCCGACACCCAAUAUCGGGUGCUGGAUAAUUCCGAUCCCGGCAAUCCUGUGCCGCUGCAGCCUGAUCUGGGUAUUCUUCAGUUCGUUCCAGGUGGCCAGAAUCAGCUUCUGCCAGUAGAUCCAGGUACUACUGUGGUGCAGAUGUCCGGCCCUAACGUUUCAUCACUUCCGGCAGUGGCUGAACUGGUAACUAAUCUCGAUGCCGCUGGGAAUAACUACCCCGGGGGGCUGAUUACGAUUUCUGGUGAAGGAGAUCGGCUGUCCAAUUUGCCGGUGAAUGCGGGUGCAAGCGCUGCUGAGAUUGCAGCGCAACUCAAUGGUGUACCCGGCGUUUAUGCCUCCGCUCAGACAGAACUCACGCUCAGUCAGUUGGUGAAUUUUGACUCCGGGGUGCCCGUCGAGAUAGCGGUUAACGGGAUCAGUUUUACGGGUUUUGAAAGCCUUGCUGACCUGGCGGAUCAGAUGGCAAGCGAUGUAUCGCUGCAGUCAGCGGGCAUCAUGGCAAAAUCUGACGGGCAAACACUCACGCUGACUGACACCCGGGGAGCGGAUCUAUCGGUUCAUUUUCAGGGUGACCCUAACGAAUCAGUGCUGGUGACAAACAGUAAAGAUGACACUGUUGCACUUUCAGGUAGCGUUUCAGGCACUUAUAGAUCUGUGACCGUUGGCGGUCAGGUAACGGCAUUGCUCGACCCGGGAGUGACCAUGUCGACGCAGUUUGCUGGCCUGUUUGCCGCAAACCCCGUGCAGCAGCGUGCUGAUCUGGGUUUUGAUCUUGUUUUAACCGGUACUGUUGAAGCAGGUGAUCGAUUCUAUGCUGACUUCAACAACGGUGGACUCGGUGAUAAUCGUAAUGCUCUGGCGCUGGCCGGCCUGAGCGAUCGCAAUCUGGUGGGUGAUCCGGGCAGGUCAUUCGGUGGUGCUUUUGCCUCUGUGGUCCAGAAGGUUGGUAUCGCUUCGAACCAGGCAAGUAUUAACAGAGACGCAGCCACGGCUUUAUUGUCCCAAUCUGAAGCUUUUCGUGAGUCUGUGUCUGGUGUAAAUCUGGAUGAAGAGGCGGCCAACCUGUUGCGUUAUGAGCAGGCCUAUAACGCGUCAUCGCAGAUCAUUUCGGCUUCCGAACAACUGCAGACAUUGGGUGCCCAGACAGCGCUGACACAGCAGCAGAUCGGUGAAGGUAAAAAGCUGGUGCGACCAGGGGAUGAUCCUGUUGGUGCAGCCCGUGUGAUCGGCAUCAAGCAGGAGCUGGGUGCCAGGGAUCAAUUUGUGCGCAAUACUGACGCCGCCGACGUUCAGCUGUCACUGGAAGAAUCUACCCUUGCUCAAGUCACUGAGCUGAUCCAGCGGGUUCAGGAGUUAACACUACAAGCAGGCUCAGGUGUACAAACCCAACAGGACCGCGCUUACAUUGCUGCUGAAAUCAGUGCGCGAUUUGAUGAGCUGAUGUCUCUGGCAAACUCUCGGAACUCCAGCGGUCAGUAUCUCUUCAGCGGGUUUAAAGGUGCGGUAGAGCCUUUCUCGUCCAAUGGCAACGAAGUGGUUUAUCAGGGUGAUGCUGGACAGCGUAAGGUGCAGAUUGAUCGUGGUCAGUUUGUCGCGAUCAACGACUCAGGCGAAAAGCUCUUCAUGCAGGUGCCGAUCGAUGCGGUUGGCGCUGGCGUCGCCAGCGUGUCCAGUGAAACAGCGGGUAUCAGUGACGUAAGGAUUGUGGACCGUAGCCUCGCGGAGACGCUGUUUCCUGACAAAGUCGUGAUUGAGUUUAAUUCCCCUGCAGAUGCGGGUGGGGUAGCCAACUACACCGUUAAAAGACAGAGUGACCAGCGCCCAUUAGAAGGUCUGGUCAAUAUACCAUUUGAUGCCAGUGUUGAGCUCUCUGUUUCGGGUGUAGCAUUUGCUAUUCAGGGAACGCCGGUAGAAGGUGAUCAGUUCAUUAUUGAGACAACCCGUCAGCAAAGUCUUUUCCAAACGGUUAAAGGCAUAGCUGACGGGUUGGUAGAAGUAGAUGCAGCGACCGAUCCGGAAGCGUUUCGAAAUCUCAUAGAUACGACAAUUGCCGGUUUAGAGGGUGCGACAGAUGUGAUGCUCGAGGCGCGGGCAGAUAUCGGCGCACGAUUCAAUUCGCUAACGGCCGCUAAAAAUCUGCAUGAAGAUGUUUCUUUGCAGCUUCAAACAGUACGAUCUUCCAUUGAAGAUCUAGACUUUGCUAAAGCGAUCAGCGAUCUGGCCUAUCAGUCGUUUGUGUUGGAAGUAAUUAAUACCAACCUCAGCUCCCUCACGGCGCAGCGAAACCUGGACAAUACGCAAUCGCAGGGCUUAUCUGCCUUGAACCGAUUGUCGUCUGGUCUACGUAUCAACAGCGCUAGAGACGAUGCUGCUGGCCUCGCAAUCAGUACCCGCUUCACAGCGCAGGUACGUGGUCUCGGUGUCGCCAUUCGAAAUGCCAAUGACGGUAUCUCGCUGGCGCAAACCGCUGAAGGUGCCCUUGGCGCCAUGACGGAAUCUUUACAGCGUCUACGUGAACUGGCACUGCAGUCGGCUAACGCCACAAACAGUGAUUCAGAUCGCCAGGCAUUGAAUGCAGAAGCCAGUCAGCUGAUUGCUGAACUGGGACGCGUCAGUGACCAGACCAACUUUAACGGCCGUAAACUGCUUGACGGUAGUUUUGAAUCAAGCGUUCAGAUUGGCACCAACGUAGGUGAAACUGUCGCUUUCUCAAUUGCUGAAGUCAGCACCUCCACCCUGGGUGGCGGUAUCGGCGCAGGCAUCAGUGCUGUUGGUAAUGCUAACGCAAUUGCCAAUGGUGACCUGUCUAUCAAUGGUGUAGCCAUUGGCCCAUCAUCUGCAUCUGACGACACUGCAUCUUCAGCGAAUGCUGAUGCGUCUGCUAUAUCGAAAGUAGCAACCAUCAACCGUGUAAGCUCUGAAACGGGUGUUCGCGCUGAAGUUAACGACAACGUCGCUGCGGGUGUCGCUAUAACUGCAGCUGCUGCAACGGGUUCAGUUGACAUCAACGGCGUUUCUAUCGCGUUAAGUACCACAGCAGACGGUGCAACCACGCGUUCCGCUGUUGUUACUGCAAUCAACUCUGCCAGUGACCAAACAGGUGUCACAGCGGUUGACUCUGGUUCAGAUAACGGUGGUGUAAACCUGGUGGCCGCUGAUGGUCGUAACAUCACGGUAGCAUUCACUACGGUAACUUCCGCCUCAACGGGUAUUGCUGCUGCAGGUACGUUUGAAGGUGGCUACACAUUGAUUUCUGAAGAUGGCACUGACAUCACAAUCAGUGGCGGCGACGGCUCUGCGACGGGUAACGUAGCUAAUGCGGGUCUUACAGCAGGCACCUUUGGUGGAACCACCGCAGGUGUAAGUAGUUCUGCGCAAGCGGGUGCUACGCUGAAUUCAUUGGUUGCUGGUGACCUGGUUAUUAACGGUGUAUCAGUGGGUGCCUCACAGGCAACCUCCGACACCGCGUCAAGCAGCGACAAUGCAGCCUCUGGUAUUGCAGUAGCUGCUGCUAUCAAUGCGGUCAGUGACCAGUCCGGUGUUUCCGCCACGGUUAACGAAACGGUACUGGUAGGUGGUACAUCGCAGACGACGACGGGCGCCGUCACGGGUGCAAUCACCGUAAACGGUGUAGCAACAACGGCUAUCACAACCACUACUGACGGUGAAACGAACCGUACACUCGCUAUUGAUGCCAUCAACGCAAUAUCUGGACGUACAGGUGUUGUGGCCAGUGAUAACGGUACAACGUUGACCCUGAGUGCCGCUGAUGGACGAAACAUCAGUGUGCAGGUGGCAUCUGCCGGUCUGGGAACAGAUGUCGGUUUGAACGAAAGUGUGGACGGUAUUGGCGCAGGUGAAGGUGUAACAAGCACCGUCACACUCAAUUCUGCCAGCAGCUUCGAAAUAAGCGGUGGCACUACCAAUGGUGACUCCGGUGUCACAGAUGUUGGUUUUGAGCAGGGUAACUUCGGUGGCGCAAGUGACGGUCAAUUCCUCACGGAAGUGGAUAUUUCAACUGUUGCAGGCGCUGAGAAAGCGUUGUCUGCACUCGAUAAUGCCCUCGAUGGUGUUAACCGUGAGCGAGCCAACCUGGGUGCUAUCCAGAACCGUCUGGACUCCACCAUUACCAGCCUGGCUAUCAACGUUGAGAACCUGACCGCUGCGCGAUCACGGAUUCUGGACGCUGACUUUGCAAAAGAAACUGCCGAACUGUCGCGUACUCAGGUAUUGCAGCAGGUUUCCGUAAUGAGCAACAUAUACACCGUAGAUAAUACGCGUGCUGUUGUGACGGAUAAAAUCGUUACUAACACUGGCGGAGGCAAAGGACCGGCAAAGUCAGAGUCAGAAGGCGGCAAGAAACUGCCGUCGACUGAGCGCUUGGAAGCACCUGAUACAUCGCAACAGAUGAUCAAAGUGACGGAACAGCGCGCCGCACGUGUAGAAAAGGCAGUUGAGCAGCUCAACGAGUAUGCUCAGUCUUUUCAGCGCGAUCUUACGUUUUCAUUGGACGAAGACCUGGAUCGCACAAUUGUUCGCGUAGUGGAUCGAACCACUCAAGAAGUGAUCCGUCAGAUUCCUAACGAGACCGCCCUGCGGCUGGCACGGAAUUUGAAUGCCAUCAAUGAGAUGAAACGGGUCGAAGAGAUGGAACAGCUUCAGACAGCUGGACUCCUGACUUCCGACCUGGUCGAAGAUAUCAUCGCUGCUGAAAGGGAAGGUACUGACCUUCGUCUGGAUGCUAAGCGCGCAGAGUAUGAAGCUAAAAUUUCUGCUUUCGGCGCUGUUCGCAGCGGCAUUGAUGGUCUGUCUGCAGCGGUCCGCGAUUUGGGCAGUUCAACAUCGCUGUUAACCAAUGUCGUUACUUCCAGCAACGAAAACGCGAUUACAGCAAGCGCCAGUGCGACGGCUAAGCCAGGCAUCCAUACCGUUGAAGUGUUAGCCACAGCUCGAGCGCACACGCUUACCACCGGGCGAUAUGAUUCCAUAGACAGCGUGAUUGGCAGUGGCACUAUAGACGUCAGAUUUGGUGCAACUGCGUUUGUGAACGGUAGUUACGACAAUUUCACUGAAAACCCUGAUCGAGCUUCUGGCCAGAUCGUCAUCGAUAGUUCUAACAACACCGUGAGUGGCGUUCGAGACGCGAUUAACGCUGCAGAUCUUGGUGUGGUGGCCUCAAUUGUUAACGACGGUGAGGGUUUUGUGCUGGUACUGACAUCUGAUCGUACCGGUGAAAACCAAUCCAUGGAACUGACCGUAACUGAAGAUACGCCUGCCGGUUUGACGGCGCUGGAUUUCAAUCUGGCGAACAACACGCCGGGUACCAAUAUGACCCAGACCGUUGAUGCUGACGAUGCCAUUGUCGUCAUUGACGGUAUUACGGUUUCCAGAGAAACCAAUACGAUUAACGAAGUUAUUCCCGGUGUCACAUUUUCGGCGCUUGGCAACAACGCCGGGGCGCCCGCAACAAUAUCAAUUAAUCAGGAUACUCAAGCUGUCAGCGAAAAGAUGCAGGCCUUUGUUGAUGCGUACAAUUCCAUUAAAACGCUGACCGAUGACCUGACUGAUUUUGACGAAGAGAAAGGCAUCGGUGCGUUGUUAACGGGUGAUUCAACCGUACGUACCCUGAUGUCGCAGUUACGCCGCUUCAUGUCACGCAGUGUCAUGGAGGUAGAGUCAAAUUCACUGCGCGCUCUGGUAGACCUGGGUAUUUCUACCAAUCAGAACGCGGGUUUCCAGCUUCAGUUUGAUUCAACUCAGUUUGCUCAAACGCUGUCAGCCAAUCCAUCCGAUGUUUCAGCAUUGCUAGCAGACCAGCGCCGCAGUUCGGAUAACCAGAUUGCGUUUGUCGGAUUCCAAUCUGCCACCCAGGCAGGCAGCUAUAUCGUAGAUAUCCAACAAUCAGCUACUCAGGGAGCUUUAAGCGGUGUCAGUGUUGCCGGGCUCGACAGCGCAAUCAUCAUCGACGAUGAAAAUGACAAUUUAUCGAUUACCGUGGAUGGGGUGAGUAGUGGCGCCAUUACGCUGGCUCAGGGCAGUUAUGCAGACGGUGCUGAACUUGCUGUCGAACUCCAGACGCAGAUCAACCAGGAUGCCGCGUUAAGAGCCGCUGGUGCAACGGUUGAUGUCAGCUAUGACGUGGACAGCCAGGCGUUACAAAUUCGUUCAACUUCUUUUGGCAGCAGAUCAACAAUCGGUAUUGAUAGUGUAGAUACAAAUACAGUUGCCCAACUGGGCCUAUCUGUUGUUGAUGCCACGGCCAACGUGGGUACCGAUGUGGAAGGCACGGUCAAUGGUAUCCAGGGUAACGGCGCUGGUCAGUUUUUAUCGAUACCCAAUGGACCUGUACCUGCAACGUCCGGUUCCUAUAAUGGUUCAGUGCUCUCAUCUUUUGAAUCAGGUCCGUUGACAAUCGAUGGCAGCAAUGGAAGUUUCCGUGUGAACAUAGACGGCUUUCAAUCAGGCGAUAUUGUUCUAUCUCCGGGCGAAUACGCAACGCCAGCUGAGCUUGCAGCGGAAAUGACGAGCCAGGUCAAUGCCGACGCAUUGCUACUCGCUGGAGAGGUGACGGCCACUGUUUCCUAUGAUGCUGCCAACAAUCGAUUCGAAAUUUCUUCAGACAGUACCGGUCCUUCAUCAACCGUUAACGUCACCUCCGUCAGCGCGGGUGUAGUUUCUGAUCUCGGAUUAACGGUUGGACUGGGCACUGCUGGUCGGCCGGCUGCUGAAACAGCUGACCCGGCAGCAGGCAUACAGCUGAGGGUGCAGGGUGAAGCAGUGGGUGAAAGGGGUACCGUUACGCUGGUGCGUGGUGUGAUGAAUCAGAUUGAUUCCUUUCUAGAUCAGUUCAUUACGUUUGGUGGCUCGUUAGCGAAUAAGCUUGAUUCUCUGGAAGGCCAGGUCGAAGCCGUUGAUGACGAAGCUACCGAUUUUGCUAAGCGUAUGGAUCUGCUUGAAGCGCGCCUGCGUACUCAGUUUGCUGCAGCGGAUGCGCUAAUUUCUACCUUGGACAACACGUCACAAUUUUUAGAUCGGCAACUUUCGAGCCUGCCUGGAUAUUCGCGCGAGUCGAAUUAA